AUGAAGAAUCUACAGAAGGAGCUCGAUGAAGUGAAAAAUGCCAUGAAGGGAAAGACAGCAAUGAACCUGGAUGGCAUGCUUAAACGGACAGAUUUGCUCUUUACAGCUAGUGUUUUGGAGUGCCCCUUGCCUCCAAAAUUUCGUCUACCACAACUAGAAUUCUACCAUAGCACGAAAGACCCCCUCGACCAUAUAGGGACCUUCAAGACCAUUUUGAACCUACAGCAGACCCCAGACGAAGUUAUCUGUAGGUCCUUCCCUGCCACCCUCAAAGGGGCUGCAAGGGUCUGGUUUAGCAAGUUGCCAACGUCUUCUAUAACAAAUUUUGAACAGCUUAGUGACUCGUUCGUCCGUCAUUUCAUUCGUCACAAGAGGCCAACCUCUUUCUUGUUAACAGUAAGGCAGCAGGAAAGGGAGAGCUUGAGGGAUUAUGUGGAGCGAUUUAAUAAGGCAGUAUUGGAGAUUAACGAAGCAGAUGAUCAAGUCAUCAUGACAACCUUCCAGGCAGGGCUUAACAACCCUGACCUCAUCUUUUUGCUAGGAAAGACGCCCUCAACCUCCAUGACGGACCUGCUGUUCAAAGCCCAGAAGUAUAUGAAUGGGGAGGACGGCCUUACGGCCAAGGGGCUAAUGGGAAAACGGAAAAAGGAGGAGACUGGGGAGUCCCAUGGUAAAAAGAAGGAUCGUAAGGAUUUGUACGCAAAGGCUAAGACCAACAAGAGUAGUCCUGAUGCCCCGAAGAAAAAGAUGAAUUUGACCCCGUUAGUUAUGCCUGUGGAAAAAAUCCUAAUGCAUAAAGGAUGA